AUAAAAAAUAUAAAAAAGAAAUCCCUUAAAAAUUUAUAGUUUAUAGAAGCAACAAUGUUGCCUUUACCUGGUACCACUACAAUAAUGCCCACUGCAAACUCCACAAAAUCUUCAUUAUCAACAACAUCAACAACAAGAGCAGCAAUAUCAUCAACAAAUUUAUGGCCAUUAUGCCAACAACAAAUACCAUUUAAUACAAACAAGACAGCAGCAACAGCAAAACAUCAACAACAACAUAAUAAUAAUAAUAGUAAAAAACUAGCAACAGCCACAAAAAGUUUAAAAAAAGUUGCCACAAUUGCAAGUAGCAAGUGUAUUAAGCAUAAAAAGAAUUCAAUAGCAGCAAAAGCAGCAGCAGCAAAUGCUCAGAGUAAACAUCAACAACAUCAAUGUAAACUAACAACACUUAAAUGCAAAAGCAGCAACACUAACAUUAUUGACAACGAAAAUAGCAACAACAGCAACAACAUUGUUAGUAGUAAAAAUACAACAAUUUGUUGUAAAAAUGCCAUUAAAAGAAAACAAAAACGAGCAAUUCGUUGGCCCUUGUCAUCAUUAUCAUCGGCAUCAGCAGCAUUUUCACCAUCUGUAGCAGCAUCAUCGUCAUCAUCAUCAUUAUACUCAACAUCAUACUCCCGGAUAUUUUGCCUUUGGCUAUGGAUAGCAAUUUCAUCAUUGGCCUUUGUUCAUUGUAUACCAUCACCAUCUUCAUCGAUACAGCAGCUACAAAAAAGAGGCGGCUCCUCCGACAUCACUAAAGACCAGUGCAACAAAACCGUGGAUAUUUUCGAAGAUGUCAGCUCGCCCGAGGUGACGAAUCAGAAUGUGGGGCGACCCUUAACCUGCUCGUAUCGUUUUCGCACACUGAAAGGUGCUCCUCGGGAUUUUGUGCUGAGACUAAGAUUUAAAAAGUUCAAAAUUGGCACUUUAAUGAAUGCCACACACUGUGAGGGUGGCUAUUUGCAGAUUGUGGAUGGCAAUGCCAAAACUGAUGUCUCCAAUCGACGAGAGCCUGGCAUGUUUUGUGGUGAAGCCGAACAACCUCAAACGUUUAUCAGUGAGACGAGUUAUGUGAAAGUCCUGUUUCACACUGACAACUUUACAGACCAGACUUAUUUUACUUUCGAUUCGCGUGCCGAACAGCAAACAGAAGUUUAUUUACGUUAUGGCCAACAUCCCGAACUGUAUCCCAACAGACGUGGUGAGGUGGUGCAGGGCUCAUAUUGUGAACGAGAAUAUCGCGAUUGUCGCCUGCAAACAUGUUAUGUUCAAUCACCUGCGUAUCCGGGUCUGUAUCCAAGAGCCUUAAAUUGCCGUUAUAAAUUACAUACGAGACAGCCAUACAUCAAAUUGUAUCUACAAAAUGAACAAUUUGCGGUCGAUGGACAAAGAUGUGAAAAUGUAAUGACUUGUCCCAUUCGACCCAUUGGCUCGGGCAAUGAACAUUGUCCUUAUGACUGGCUGGCUGUUUAUGAUGGCAGAGAUGAACAUUCACCAUUGAUUGGUAAAUUCUGUGGCCUGGGAAAGUUUCCCUUCAGUAUAAUUGGCACCUCACAAUACAUGUAUGUUGAAUUUGUUACAUCACCGGCCGGACCUUUAUUAAAUACCGGCUUUCAUUUUAAUGUUGGCAAUUGGCCAGGACAUGUGGAAACAGCUGGCAUUAAACAUGGCAUUUGUGAUUGGUUGCUUAGUUCCGAUUCUCUGAAGGACAGCAGUGCGAGUGAGGGUAUAUUUUUGAGCAUAGCCCAUUGGUAUCCACCCAACACCUCCUGCAGUUAUCACAUCAAAGGACAUGCUGGUGAAAUAGUGCGUUUGUAUUUUCCCAGUUUUCGCAUCAACCGCAUAGAAUCGCCCAUACUCAAAUACGAUGGAGACUGUGGUGAGUCUCUGACCAUUUACGAUAGCGAUCAUGCUGAUCCGGCACGCAUUAUCAAAACCUUCUGUGAUACCUUUUCCCGGCCCAUGGAGAAAGUGGACUUUGUCAGCACCAGCCAGUCGCUGUUUGUACAAUUUGAAUCGAAAACUGGUUCUUAUAGUGGCAGCUCUUUGUAUUACUGGGCCCACUAUGAUUUCUUCAAUAACACUCGCUUUGGCGAUCCAGUACCCAAUACCUUGUGUGAUGAGGUCAUGUAUGCCUGGAAACACCCGGGCGGUAAAAUACGUUCGCCCAUGAACUCUUUAAUAUUCAAGCGCACCGGGGGUUCGGAUGUCCGCUGUCAAUAUAAAUUUGUUACCGAUCGUAGACUUUAUGCCCGUGCCGUUAUUGAGGUGAACUCGGUGAUGUUUAAGGAAUUGCCCUACAACAAUAAUGCCUGCACUAGAUGUCAUGAGGAGAGAGUUGAUAAGCUGGUUAUUUGGGAGGAGAGAGAAAAGUUUCAAAAUAAUUUGGCCUGUUUCUGUGACAAUAUACCACGGCCUGUAAGGGUUAUCUCGUCGGCCGAUCAAAUGAAUUUGGAAAUGAUAGUGCAGGGACAACAUGCCAUAACCUCGUAUUUUAAGAAUCCCAAUCCUUUGUUUGAAGCCUCCUAUGAGUUUGCCCAUGGUCCCUUGUGUGGACCCAUUACUUUAGGGCCCUCACCCGAUGGCGAACUGGUGUAUCCUUUCAAGAAAGCCUUGGCUUUGGUUACAGGACCCAUGGGAGCCCAGCCAGAACAUCAUUACAGGCGCGAGAAAUGCAUUUGGGAAUUGAAAGUGGCCUCGCAAAGAGAUUUAUGGCUUAAUUUGGAAAAGGCCCGCUUUGGAGAUCGUACCUGUGACAGUGCUAAAAUAGAAGUCUAUCUGGCUGGCAGGCUAGAGCCUCGUUUCAUCAUCUGUCCGGAGAAUGUGUCUUUAGCACGCGACUUACCCAUACUUUCCACUGCCGAUUUGGGAGCAUUGGGAACCGAUCAAGAGCCUUUACCCGUACUCAUACAAUACACAGGAGAUGGCCAGCCGGGCAAGAAUAUCUUUCGCCUGGUAUGGACUGAACUAUUCCAUUUACCCCGCAAUCCAGAUGGCAGUUUGGCGGCCUCUUUACUGCAGGACAAUGACUGCAGCUUCAAGUGUCCUGGCAAUUCUCACAUAUGCCUACCCCGCCACCUGGUAUGCGAUGGCAUACAGAAUUGUCCCAAUGUCUCUCACACCUCCUCCUUAGAAGACUUAACCCAACACAUACAAUGGAAUCUAGAGCAAUUUGAUUUGUGGCACGAACACAAAGACAAAGAACACUUAAUGAAUGCCAUUUUAGAUGAUGAAUCCUCCUUGAUUUGUAUGAAAGCUUACACCCGCAAAUUAUCAUAUGCAGAGAUUACCUUUUUCGCCACCAUCUCGCUGGCGAUAAUUGUCUUAAUCAUUUUAAUUUUACGACUCAUGUGUAGAGGUUCUAAACACAAGGAUGCUUCCGUAAAUUAUUAAAAGUGGAAAACAACAAAUAGAAAAUAGAAAAAACACUUGGAAACAUAUACACACGAAUUUGUUGAACAUUUUCUCAAAACAAAAGUUAUUUAGUGAAUAGUAUACAAAAAAAAUCUUGGGUUUUAAUUUAAAUUUUAGUAUAGAAAUAUAAACAACAAAAUCACAAACACCAACACUUGUACACAAUUUAUUUAAAUUCUAGCUAAAACC